AUGGCGCCGACUUACCUCGAAACUCUCUCCCACUUCACGACCUUCCUCACAGCCUACACGCACACACUCCUCUACCUACGCGAACUCUACCCACCUAAUUCCUUUGCAAAAUCCCGCUUCCACAACACACCCGUCUACCAAUCGCGCCACCCCCUCGUCUGUGAAUGGAUCACCGACGCCAUAACCGCCGUGCGCGAAGAGCUCCUCAACGGGACCGUAGCAAAGAUCGGUGUCGUGAUAUUCAGCUACGGGAGUAAGGGCGAAGCGUCAGGUAGCGCCAAGAUAAUGGAACGGUACAUGUUCGACGUUACUGCAUUCCCGGUUGUAGCCAGGCCUGAUCGCAAUAUGGAGAUUGAGUGGGAGGGAGGGACGCCGCCACCAGAGGAAUACAAUGAUGAUGGCAGCACAAAACGACGGAAGACAAAGCCACUGGAUGUUGAUGUUGAUGUCAACAUCAGCGAACAGUACCGCGCUGCGUUGAUUGCGCUUACGGCGCGUACUUCUUCACUCGCUCCGUUACCGCCAAACUGCUCAUUCAAUAUCAGUAUGGAGCUCAAAGAUGAGGGCGAUAUCGAUCCGCCGAUUGGGCAUCCGCAGCCCUGGAUACCGGUUCAGCCUAGUUUGCAGAAGACGGGGAGAGGGAAGCAAGCCAUGAUGAGGGAUGAGUUCGACGAAGAAGAGUUCGAGUUGGGGAUACGGAGAGAAAGGGAAGGAGGGGAUCUGGGUGGCGCCAAGGUCACGCCAGUACGCACUGUGCAAGCGGGUGUCUUCAGGUUUGAGACGUGGAUAGAAGAAGGCAAAGCUAAAUUCGAUAGCAAAGAAGAGGAUAGUACAAAGACAAGUUUCUCUAGUGUUUUCGGGUAG